CCGUGGUCGAGAGGAUGGGAUUCAAUCGACCUUCCAAACACACACCAAGGAACAAACCAUCGCUCCAUCUUCCCUUGGGUCUUGGUCAGAAGAUGCUCAGCAGCCCUUUGCCCACACCCUCUCUCUCGGCGAUCGCCUCGGCCUCCCUCCGGCUCAGCUCACUGGCCGACCGAUGCACCACUUUGGCGGGCCCAAUGGGUCGGUAUUUGGCCACCUGCCAGUCGUCCGGGUAGGUGCGGAAGAGCACACAGUCGUUGAAUUUGCUGUCCUUGCCCUUGCCCUCGAACAAAAACUUGAGGUUGAAGAUGGGCGUGAAGGUCGACCGAAAGUACUCGAGCUCGUCGGCAGUGAGCUGUCCUUCAGACACCUUGUCCUGCACACACCGAACCGCACGCAUCCACACACAACAGAAGCAGCCACAGACAGAGAGAGAGGUGCGUGUGGUGGGUGUGGUGGGUGUAGCUGUCAGGAAUGGCUCACAUCUAGCCGUGCGUUGAGGAGGAUGAUCAUGGUCUCGAGGCCCCUGCUGCGCGAGAUCUUCUCCACCUGCCGCAGCUCGGCCGCACCAGGGGAUACCACAAGCAACACCUGAUUGAAUGUGACCAUCCACACUCACACCAACAUCCCUCUCCGUCCCUCCUUCUCGCUCUCUCACCUCAGUGUCCUCAGGGAUCUCUCCCGGCGGCACCACCAUCGAUGUCCCGCCCCUCUCCUUCUUGCCCUUGGCCUGCUUCCGCCGGUCAGCGCGCCUUGGGCGAGUCAUGCCAUAGACGGCAUUCACACGGAAGUCCUCAUCUUUCCACACCUCGAUGGCCUCCUGGGCCUCCUCAUCGGUCGGGAAGGCCACCGAGAUGGCGUCCUCUAUCUGACCCCAUAGCUCGAUGAAGACCCUCGCCAACUCACGGCUGGACCGCCGCAUGUUGGCAUCGGAUCGCUUGCUGCCGGCCGGCGACUCAUCGUCUAUCUUGGAACCUGCACACACACGGAACACAUGCACACGGCAUGUCAGCUGCAGUGACCCAUCCACCCGCGUGUGUGCACCCACCUUGCUUCUCAAUUCCGAAGAUGGCAUAUUUUGGCAGUUCGACGUCCAUUCGCGAGAUCUGUGCUUGGCACCCGGCCUGCACUGCCUUGCCGAGCUGGGACACCGUGUCCUUAAUGUCCCGCGGGACGGACAUAGAUAGCCUGUGUGCUCGACGCCUCCUGAUGGGACCAUGAGACCGUUGACAGAGCGCAUCGGAGGGGACGAGGAAGGAGGGCUGGGGAUGCGCCUCUGUGCUGCAUUGGCCGACCGCAGCGAUGAGUUGCAGCAUCACCAGAGGGACGAAUACAAGAUCACGCGGCAGGUGAAUCAUUGUGGCCACAGAUCCACGUCAGACAUCCGUCUGACUCACUUUAACGCAUAGAUCUUGCCCUUUGUUACCCACAUAGAUUGGCAGAAAG